AUUUUCAUUACCUUCAUGUUCUGGAACAACAGGAGGACCUAGGUACAGUCUCCCUAUUAUUGCCACCGAUCUUGUGGCACCAAGAGAGCAACAAAAUGAAAGAACUAUACAACUUGUGUUCUUUGGAUCCAUAGCACAAGAAAUAAUUGACACUCCAGUUGGUACUCUCAUUGCUGCUAAUGAAGGCGUGGGAAUUUUUCUCCCAACAAAAAUAACUGCCAUCUAUGGAAAACAAUAUGAGCUCCGUGUAAGCAUUUCCUCAAUGUCAUUACAGCAUAUCAACAUCACCUAUCAAGUUGAUGCUAUUAUAGGCAUGGGUAACAUUCCUGCAUCUACACCACCCCGCUUGCAUCUCGCACUUGAAGGACAACCUUCUCAUCAAUCAGCAACAGAAAGCCAGCAACUCCACUCUACUGAUAAAUCUACACUCAUCACUGCACCAAAUAGUUCUGGGUCUACACCACCUGAAUGCAAUAAGGACAUCAGCUCGGCAUUACCUCAUAUAGAUAUAUCAGGUACAGAAAAUACUAAGUUUGAGAUCCAUGCAAGGAAAAAGGCUCCUGAAUCAUCUGAAAGCAAUCUGUUGUCAACUCCGGCCUCAGUUGAAGACUUAGAAAAAGCUCAGCUUGCUGACCCAAAGACAAAAAAGAACAAAUGUUCGAUUGAUGAGGCAUCUCAUAGCCAUGGAAAAAAUGAUCCAAGUGAUAUUCACACAGCAGCCAAAAAAUUAAAAAGACCAAGAGACGGUUAGAGCUCACCAAUCCAGAUGAACAAGACUAGGGUAGCCAUGCAGUAGAGUGUAGAGAAGGACAUCCUAUUUUGACAAUGGACCUAACACAACUACGCCAGCACAUGCUACUGUGCCUGCCAAUUUGCGAUGGCCCAGAUACCUCUACCGUAUGUAAAUUAAAUAGUAGGUAGUGAAUCAGAACUACUAUGGAAUCCUUAGCAACCCCAGCAGUGUCCUCCCUGACGUUGCCCAACUAGACCAUCCAAUGAAAGGGAGGCCGCACCCUCCUAGGAAAUGCAUUUAGGCAGGUGUUAGACAUGUAUAUUAUAGCUUCCGAACAGCUGCUAUAUGUAAAUUAAUCAGUACUACCUGAGCUUGCCAAACAUUAUGCCGUCUGAGCUUGCCAAACAUUAUGCAGUCUGUCAUCGUACUUCUAUGAAUUGACCUCUUUUCUUUCCCCAAA